AUGACUCUCAGGCCAUUCAGCCUAACCCUCUCUGUCCCUAGAAAGGUUGACGUUUUAUCUCGAGCAAGGAGGCGCAUAACUGAUCAGUACAGGCAGACUCAACGGCAUAAUGGCCGGGGCAGACAGUUCGUUUGACUGCAUUGUCGUCGGUUCUGGGAAUGCAGGUAGCUGCGCUGCGCUUGCAGCUUCAGAUGCUGGCUUGGAGCGCGUUCUCAUCAUCGACAAAUGUCCCGCAGAGUGGGCGGGCGGAAACGGGUACUUCACGGCAGGCGCACAUCGCACUGUCCACGGCGGCCUCGCAGACAUUCUUCCCAUCGUGCACAAUGUCGAUCCCGUGCAGGCGCAACACACCGACGUCGAGCCAUAUACGCAUGAGCAGUUCAUUGCUGAUAUCAUGAGACUAGGAAACGGGCGUUCGGACCCCGAGCUUGUUAGAGCUCUCGUCAACAACUCCCGGGCUGCCGUCCAAUGGCUGUCCGAGCGCGUCCAUGUUCCAUUCACCCUGUCGUUCAACCGACAAGCAUACCUUGUUAACGGACGACAGAGAUUCUGGGGAGGGAUGGCGCUUAGCACGCAGGAUGGCGGGAAAGGGCUCAUUGCCGCUCACCACAAAGCUCUGCAGGACGCUGGAGUGCAGACAUGGUUUGACACCCCUGCAGUCGAAUUGGUUCUGGAAGAUGAUGCCAUCGCCGGAGUCAUCGUUCGCAAGGCCGGAAAGUUAGCCAAGCUUACUGCACCGGCGGUGAUACUGGCUUCCGGUGGCUACGAAGCCAGUACAGCGCUGAGGGCAAAAUAUCUUGGAGAGCAGUGGGUCAAUGCAAAGGUCCGUGGCACCCCAUACAACACGGGAGAUGGCAUCGCUCUCGCGACAGCAGUUGGUGCUGCUCUGACAGGAGACUUUGCUGGAUGCCACUCCACAUGCUGGGAUGCCAACGCUCCCUCAGAUACGGGCGAUCGCACCCUCAGCAAUCAAUUCACCAAGUCGGGCUACCCUCUUGGCCUCAUGCUGAACGCCCAUGGCCGUCGCUUCGUCGACGAAGGCGAGGACUUCCGGAACUACACCUACGCCAAAUUCGGCCGCGCCAUCCUGAUGCAGCCAGGAGGGUAUGCUUUCCAGGUCUGGGAUUCGCGCGUCGAGUACGCGGACGACGUCGUCCGCAAGAUUUGGGCAGACACCGUCGAGCAGCUGGCGGGAAAGUUGGAGGAGGAGGGCCUCGAGAAUAGGUGCCAGUUCGUCGACACUGUCGUUAGCUACAACGACGCCGUGCGACGCUUCCAGGCGGAGAACGCUUCGCUGCGGUGGGAUCCCGCUAUCAAGGACGGACUGUCUACACAAAGUAAUGGCUUUUCACUGGAGAUCCCGAAGACCAACUGGGCGCUGCCCAUAGAACAAGGGCCGUUCUUGGCGGUCAAAGUUGCUUGCGGGAUUACCUUCACCUUCGGCGGGUUGGCCAUUGACCCCGACACUGCAGGCAUUCUCUCAGAAACUACGGGGAAGCCCAUUAAAGGCAUGUACUGCACGGGAGAGCUUGUAGGCGGUCUGUUCUACUCGAACUACCCCGGAGGUAGUGGACUCACUGCCGGGGCGGUGUUUGGGCGCAAAGCGGGGGAGCAAGCGGCGAAGCUCACGAAAUGAGUAGGGGUGCACCGAUGAGCCUUCAUAUAUCAUACCUUGGCUUACUUUUCCUUCUCUUUGUUUUGAAGUGGCGGGACGGGUGUCACCGAGCUAACUCCAAUGUACGCUUCCGGCCACAGCGGUGUAGAGUAUAGCAGAGGAAUCAAUUCAGCCGCGGUAUAUGCAGGGGCUCUACAAGAAGUUGAGGGUAUGCCUGUGAUUGCAUAGACUAAACAACAUGUGAUACACUACGACGAGAAUGUGAGGCUGUGACAAAACGAGAAUAGGACACUAGCCCGCGUUAGGAGCUGAUCAAAGCAGUGCGACAAAGCCAGCGACGAGGGCAGCAGCGGACAAGCUGACUGCGAGAAGCGUCGAGCUAAUGCCUGCGACAGGGACUGCGGCGUUCUUGGCAGAGGCCUUCGCGUUCCCGCUCGCGUUGCCGGUGGCCUGUGCUGAACCGGGGGCGCCCGAAGUGAGCGUGGGAUUGAUAUCUGCAAAAUAAAUAAAUAAAUCAGCGGUGCACGCCAUGGCGAGCGGGGAUAUAUAGAAGAACGCACUGGAGCCGGUCGGUAACGGGUUAGUCGCGUUAUCAUUCGUCUCGAGGUAGGCGUCGGCCAUCGGCUUGUUGAGACAGGAGAUAACGGGCUGAAUUUCGAGCUUGGGUGUGUACGCCAUUGCGGCAGGAAGAAUGUAACCCGUGGCAAGGUCGACGGUCUGCGCGAAGAGAUCGUGCUCGAGAACGAUAAAGCCGUGGCCAAGGGUCGAGACAUUGCCCAUGAUGUUUUCCCAGUUCUGAAGCACCUGAGUGACGCUGACUAAACCGCCAGCGAUGUUGUAAUCUACAAAUGAUUGUCAGCGCCCGUUCAAACAGUGAGCCUAGGCACUCACCGUUGGUAUCGAACGUUGCGGCUGCGUCAAGACGAGUCCACAUGAUGGGCUCCAAUCCCAUCGCCUGUCCGAUGGCACGAACACGGUUGUCAAUAUCACCAUACGGUGGACGCCAAUAGAGGGGAGUAACACCAAGGACGUCCUUAAUGACCUUCUUGGACCAGCCGAGUUCGGCUAUAAUGCCCUCGUUAGAAACGGUGGUCAUAUACGGGUGGGACCAGGUGUGUGCUGCAAUCUGGUGUCCGGCCAUGUACUCCUCCUGAAGGAGCGCCGGGUAGGAGAUGACACGAGAGCCGACAGCGCAGAAAGUUGAUUGAAGGUUGUUCUGGUCGAGAUACUGCAGAAGAUUAGGAGUGUAGAGGGCGGGACCAUCGUCGUACGUCAGACCCCACGUGUACGGGGUGGGACAGUUACUAAUGUCGCCGGUUGCAACGCAGCCACCGCAAGUCCACCAGCAGCGUGUUGUGUCAGCUGCAAAAGCCGGGUUGGCGGCGCAGCCGCCAGGCUGAGUGGGUUCGAUAUCGGGAAUCUGGAUGCCU